AUGGCGGUGGUGGGCGUCCUCGCGCUGCAGGGCUCCUACAACGAGCACAUGGCCGCGCUGAGGAGGAUCGGGGUGAAGGGGGUGGAGGUGCGCAAGCCGGAGCAGCUCCUCGGCGUCGACUCGUUCAUCAUCCCCGGCGGCGAGAGCACCACCAUGGCCAAGCUCGCCAACUACCACAAUCUGUUCCCUGCACUUCGAGAGUUUGUCGGAGGUGGAAAGCCUGUCUGGGGAACCUGCGCUGGGCUCAUCUUUCUCGCAAACAAAGCAGUAGGGCAAAAAACAGGGGGUCAGGAACUUGUCGGAGGACUAGAUUGUACUGUCCACCGAAACUUUUUUGGGAGUCAGCUUCAAAGCUUUGAGACAGAGCUUUCUGUGCCAAAGCUUUCAGAGAAGGAAGGAGGGAAUGAUACAUGCCGUGGUGUAUUUAUACGGGCACCUGCUAUAUUGGAAGUUGGUCCAGAUGUUGAAAUAUUGGCUGAUUGCCCUGUUCCUGCUGACAGACCCAGCAUUACAGUAUCAUUUGGGGAGGGUACUGAGGAAGAAGUUUAUUCAAAAGAUCGGGUAAUUGUUGCAGUACGUCAAGGGAACAUCCUUGCAACUGCUUUCCAUCCAGAAUUGACAUCAGACUCCAGAUGGCAUCGCUUCUUCUUGGACAUGGAUAAAGAAUCCCAAGCAAAGGCCUUCUCUGCGCUGUCAUUGUCAUCUUCGUCAAGAGACACUGAAGACCGGCCAAAGAAUAAGCCUCUUGAUCUGCCCAUUUUUGAGUAA